UUGAUCGCCGUUGUCCCCGUCCUCGAUGGCUCGAACUGGUCACUCUGGUCACAACAGAUGAAGGCGUACCUGAUGUCCCAAGGCCUUUGGGGACACUGUGACGGUACAAUUACUAUGCCUGCCCCUGUUGUAACCACCUACAAGGAUGGCAGCACCAGUGAAGAUACCUCUGCACGAGACGCCUGGAGACUGGAUGAUACCAAGACAAUCGGUACUAUUUGUCUUCGAUGCUCCCCUGCCAUUGCCACCCUUAUUCAAAACAAGACGACGGCUAAAGAAACUUGGAACGAGCUUGAUGACACAUACGCUGCGUGGGGCCACUUUAACGCUUUGGCUUCUGAGAAACAGACCAUCCCUGAUUGUCUCCAGGGACUGAUCUGUCUCAAUGCGCUCCCUCCUCGGUAUGACUCCCUCGUUCAAGUCUUAGUCCAAGGAUCGACAUCGACUAUGGACAUUGACAAAGUCCAGGAGGCUGUUGUCACUGCCUGGGAGCAA